AUGCCCGACCCCCACAGCAACCCCAACCCCAACCUAGCCCUCCCCUUCGCCCACACCGCGCCCAACUGCCCCGCCACCGCCGAGCGCCAGCAGGCCGCCCUGGCCGACGCCUUCAUUGCCAAGCCGGCCAUUGCGCGUGCGAAUCUUGCGGUGUCGGCUGAUGUCCCGGAGGGGAGUGCCGUGUCGGGGAGGGGGGCGUUGGGGCAUUUUACCGUGCUGCAGCAGCAUGUGCUGUUCUGGGACCGGGACGGCGACGGCCAGAUCUAUCCGUGGGACACGUACGUGGGGUUCCGGGACCUGGGGUUCAGCGUGCUGUUCUCGCUGCUGGCGGUGGUGAUUAUCAACCUCAACUUUUCGUACCCUACGCGGCUGGCCGUGUCGUGGUGGCCGGACCCGUGGUUCCGUGUGUAUGUGGGCUCGAUUCACAAGGCGAAGCAUGGCUCCGACUCGGGCACCUACGAUAAGGAGGGGAGGUUCGUGCCCCAGAUGUUUGAGGAUGUGUUCGCUAAGUGGGACGUCCAUGGGUCGGGGUCGCUAUCGGCCGGCGAGCUAUGGCACAUGAUCAAGGGAAACCGGCUGGCGGCCGAUCCGUUUGGGGUAUGUCCUCCGACCGACGCUUGUUGUGCUGACGAUGGUACUAAGCGGGCGCAGUGGGGAGCGGCUAUUUUUGAGUUCGGCACCACCUGGCUGCUGGUGCAGAAAGAUGGGCGUGUUUCAAAGGAGGAUCUUCGGCAGACGUAUGAUGGAACCAUCUUCUGGAGAAUCAAAGAGGCUAGGGAGAAGGGUAAGAGAUGGAACAAGGGCUUCGGCUUUCGCGACCUUGUGCAGCUUGGCCAGCGCGAGUUUAAGGCUCGUGUUGCGUAA